AUGCAGAACCACAGCUUCCGAACGCCUUUCCAGCUGCUUCAUCAGUGGCUGCGAGACAACAACAGAGACAUAGGCUACCAGCAAGACCAGCCUGACAUCACACAGAAGAAGGACCUAAAGACCGACCCUCACACAGAAAUCGGUUAUCUCGUUGGAUAUGAUUCCACGAACAUUUUCAGGAUCUGGAUUCCGUCCACAUCAGAAGUCCGAAGGGUCCGAGAUGUGACCUUCAAUGAAAGCAUCUUCUAUGACGGAAAUGAUCAGCCACCAGAACCUAUCCCGCAGCGCGUGGAAGUACAGCUUCCAGCCCACAUCGAGGACGAGUCGGAUUACGAGGAAAUCCCCACUCAAAUCGAUGAACCUGAACCUGACCCCGUUGAGCAAUCUCCCUCAACCUCAGACCAAGGAGACGCCACCACGAUUGUGGUACAACCCGAACCAUCUGAUCAUGAGGACUCGGAUGAUCAGGAUGAGUUUCAUGACAUUCAGCACCCAUAUCCGACACCGGACCCCGGUCCGAGGUCAAUUCCACAGCUCUUUCUUUCUCGGCAGAGAAGAAAACUUCACAGACGACACCUUCCUCCCGAACCUACGACGUAUAAGGAACUUCGCACCCACAGAUUUGGUCCUCAGUUCAGAGAAGGAGCCCACGCCGAGUGGAAAGCACUCCAACAGAGAGGAACCUUCAGAGCGGUCCCCAGAGACCAGGUCACGGGCAAGCUUUUGCCACUUACCUGGGUCUUUAAGUAUAAGUUCGACAAGCAUGGCUUUCUUACAAAGUUCAAAGCCCGUCUUUGUGUUCGAGGAGAUCUUCAACAGCUAGGUGACAAGGACACCUAUGCAGCAACCCUUGCAGGACGUUCUUUCCGGAUUCUCAUGGCCAUCACCGCCAAAUUCGACCUUGAGACCCGACAGCUCGACGCAGUUAAUGCCUUCACAAACGCCCUCUUAGAAGACGAGGAGGAGGUCUAUAAGGAACUCACUGCUGCAUUCAGAGAGCUUGGUCUUACACAGUGUCCCGACGAACCCUGCAUCUUCCAGAACGACUGGCUCACUGUUUUCUUCUUCGUUGACGAUAUUGUUUUCCUCUAUCGCAAGGAAAACGAGGACGCAGCUGAUGAGAUGGUUGCAGCCCUCAAGAGGAAGUACGCGAUGACAGACCAAGGGAAUUACAAUGGUUCCUUGGUAUCAGAGUCCUGCGUGACAGACCCAACAGGAAGCUUUGGCUAUGCCAAGACUCCUACAUUGAAAGGAUGGUUCAACGCUAUCACCCGCUCGGACAUAGCCAAGCCAGCGUCUAAACUAGCUGAAUUCCUCAACAACCCUUCCGAGCAUCACUCCAAGCUCGCAGACCAUCUGAUCGAGUACCUUUACGCCACUAGGUAUCUCGCCAUCCAGUUUUCAGGAAAACCCUGCCUCGACGAGGAUGUUGUUCCUCAGCUCCACGCUCAACAUCAUAGCGAUUUCCAAAGCGCAUCCGACGCUGCUUUCGCUGAUGAUAAAAAGACUCGCAAGUCAUCCCAGGGUUCAAUCCUUACCCUCUUCGGCGGCCCUAUUGCUUGGAAAGCCGCCCUUCGUCACGUUGACAUCCACACCUGUUGGGCUAGGCAGAUGAUUGCAGACGGCCUCACCAAAGCUCUGCCAGGCCAGAAAUUUGCUACUUUCGUCAAACAACUCGGUCUCGUCGAUAUCUCUACGUUGCUAGGGAUCUAG